CAAAUUAUUUCUAUUCAAUAAAUUCUUACCGUCAGGUUUAAAUUUUAUUGUUUGCACCCUUUAAUUCCUACAAACGCCAAACAUAUCGUAGGAACCUCGCAAGCAGCGCCAAUCCUAUAAAGUUAAGAACUCGGCCAUCUUAUUAUAGGAUAUUGAAUUGGUUAUAAUAUUGUCAAUCAAAAUGCUAGCGACUCUUCUCUCGAACAAGGCGGGCGUCUUGCUCGCCGCAUUGUCCAGCGUUGGUGUGGUCCUUGCCGGACCCGUGGAUGCACGACAGGCAGCCAAGGAUGUCGUAGCUCGCGCAGCUGAUGUCUCAACCAUCACGGGCUAUGCUCAUCCCUUGACGCUCACUGCUCUGUCUACACUUCGCCCUGAUCAGACAGCCUUGUCAUACGCCUCGCCUCCUACGGCCAUCACGGUUCCUACCAAACCACUUCCGCCUGCCGGAGAGAAGGUCGCCGAAGCAACCGGUGUCCAAGCUAAGGUAGCGGAUGUCUCCGAACCCGCUGCGGCCCAGACCGACGCGCCGAGCGCAACCUCCGUCUGCACAUCCAUUGCGGGCACCUAUCCUAUGGCCACCAUUCCCAACUUCUGCAACCCCUCGGCCCAGGUCAACGCACCCAGCUUCAUCCCGAGCCGCACCGAUAUCCCCACUGCCACUGUCACCGUGGGCGGCGUGACUAACAAGCUCGACUGCUGCGUGCAGUGUGCUGGCAUCUUCAACUGUGUCGCCUGGCGCUUCAUCCCCGUGUACACCCAGGCACCCAACCCACACCUGCCCGGUGGCUUUGACCCUUGGGGCCGCGGUGACUGCGAGGCCGUCUACCACACGGGCAACCCGGAUGACGAGACGAACACCGCGCAUGACGACUCGGCAGCGAACCUGUGCCCCAACGGCAAGGUCGGCGAGCUACUAGCUAACAACGGUAGCGCUUCGAACAAGGCUACUGGCAGCUGGACGAAUCUGUACUACAAUGGCUGGAACGAGGGUCCCUGCGCUGAGCCCGUGGCGCCGUUUGAUAGUGGCAAGGAUGCGGGACGAGGAGACGAUGCGAACUUGUGUUCGUAGGUUGGAGAGUUAUGAGAUAGGAACUAGUUCGGUUACGAUAGAUGAAUAGGUCGUGGUUUACGACAGUUAUUAAUGCGAUGAUUUAUCAUCUCUAU